CCCAGGCCCUUCUGCUGCAGCCCCUGCCUGGGCGAUGUCUUCCUCGGAUGAAGAAACUCUCAGUGAGCGGUCAUGCCGAAGCGAACGGUCUUGUCGGAGCGAGCGGUCUUACAGGAGCGAGCGGUCAGGGAGCCUGUCUCCCUGUCCCCCAGGGGACACCUUACCCUGGAACCUCCCACUGCAUGAGCAGAAAAAACGGAAAAGCCAGGAUUCCGUGUUGGACCCUGCGGAACGUGCUGUGGUCAGAGUCGCUGAUGAACGGGACCGCGUUCAGAAGAAAACGUUCACCAAGUGGGUCAACAAGCACCUGAUGAAGGUCCGCAAGCACAUCAAUGAUCUUUAUGAAGAUCUGCGGGAUGGCCAUAACCUGAUCUCUCUGCUGGAGGUCCUCUCGGGCAUCAAACUGCCCCGGGAGAAGGGCAGGAUGCGAUUUCAUAGGCUGCAGAAUGUUCAGAUUGCCUUGGACUUCCUAAAGCGGCGAAAGGUGAAACUAGUGAAUAUUCGCAAUGAUGACAUUACAGAUGGCAACCCCAAGCUGACCCUGGGCCUGAUCUGGACCAUUAUUUUGCACUUCCAGAUCUCUGACAUCUAUAUUAGUGGAGAGUCAGGGGACAUGUCAGCCAAGGAGAAGCUGCUCCUGUGGACCCAGAAGGUGACAGCUGGUUACACAGGAAUCAAAUGCACCAACUUUUCCUCUUGCUGGAGUGAUGGGAAGAUGUUCAAUGCACUUAUUCACCGAUACAGACCUGAUCUGAUAGACAGAAGGGUACAAAUCCAAAGUAACCGAGAAAAUCUGGAACAGGCUUUUGAAGUGGCAGAAAGACUGGGGGUCACCCGGCUGGAUGCGGAAGAUGUGGAUGUGCCAUCUCCAGAUGAAAAGUCUGUAAUCACUUAUGUGUCUUCGAUUUAUGAUGCCUUCCCUAAAGUCCCUGAGGGUGGAGAAGGGAUCAGUGCUACGGAAGUAGAUUCCAGGUGGCAAGAAUACCAAAGCCGAGUGGACUCCCUCAUUCCCUGGAUCAAACAGCAUACAAUACUGAUGUCAGAUAAAUCUUUUCCCCAGAACCCUGUUGAACUAAAGGCACUUUAUAACCAGUAUAUACACUUCAAAGAAACAGAAAUUCUGGCCAAGGAGAGAGAAAAAGGAAGAAUUGAGGAAUUGUAUAAAUUAUUGGAGGUGUGGAUUGAAUUUGGCCGAAUUAAACUGCCAGGGUAUCACCCUAAUGAUGUAGAAGAAGAGUGGGGAAAGCUCAAUGAGAUGCUGGAGCGAGGAAAAUCACUUCGACCAGCUGUAGAGAGGCUGGAAUUGCUGCUACAGAUUGCAAACAAAAUCCAGAAUGGUGCUUUGAACUGUGAAGAAAAACUGACACUAGCUAAGAAUACACUGCAGGCUGAUGCUGCUCACCUGGAAUCAGGACACCCAGUACAGUGCGAGUCAGAUGUCAUCAUGUACAUUCAGGAAUGUGAAGGUCUUAUCAGGCAGCUGCAGGUGGAUCUCCAGAUCCUACGUGAUGAGAAUUAUUACCAGCUAGAAGAGCUGGCUUUUAGGGUUAGGCGUCUGCAGGAUGAGCUAGUCACCUUGCGUCUGGAGUGCACAAACUUGUAUCGGAAGGGCCAUUUCACUUCACUUGAACUGGUUCCACCCUCUAAUUUAACCACUUCUCAUCUGAAAGCAGAACCCCUGACCAAGGGAACCCAUUCUUCUUCUACCUCCUGGUUCCGAAAGCCUAUGACUCGGGCUGAACUUGUGUCUAUAUCUUCCUCAGAAGAUGAAGGCAAUCUCCGAUUUGUGUAUGAACUACUGUCUUCGGUAGAAGAGAUUCAGAUGAAACUAGAGCGAGCAGAGUGGGGCAAUGACCUGCCUAGUGUGGAGUUGCAGCUGGAAACACAGCAGCACAUUCAUGCCAGUGUGGAAGAGCUGGGCUCAAGUGUCAAAGAGGCCAGGUUAUACGAGGUGUGUGGGGAAAUGUCCCAAAUUUUUAUACUAAGUUAUGUUGAAACUCUUGGAACGCGGACACAGUAUUGUAAAUUGAAGGAAACUUCCAGCUUCCGGAUGAGGCACCUCCAGAGCCUGCACAAAUUUGUUUCCAGAGCUACAACUGAAUUGAUUUGGUUGAAUGAGAAGGAGGAGGAAGAACUAGCAUAUGACUGGAGUGACAAUAAUCCCAAUAUCUCAGCCAAGAAAAAUUACUUCUCUGAGUUGACAAUGGAACUGGAGGAAAAACAGGAUGUGUUUCGGUCUCUACAAGAUACAGCAGAGCUGCUAUCACUUGAGAACCACCCAGCCAAGCAGACUGUGGAGGCUUACAAUGCUGCUGUCCAGUCCCAGUUGCAGUGGAUGAAGCAGCUGUGCCUGUGUGUCGAGCAGCAUAUAAAAGAAAAUACUGCUUACUUUCAGUUCUUCAGCGAUGCACGAGACCUGGAAUCAUUUUUGAGGAACCUCCAAGACUCCAUCAAACGAAAAUAUUCCUGUGACCACAACACCAGCUUAUCCCGCCUUGAGGACCUGCUUCAGGACUCCAUGGAUGAAAAGGAGCAGCUUAUACAGUCCAAGAGUUCUGUUGCCAGUCUUGUUGGGAGAUCAAAAACAAUUGUUCAGCUAAAGCCACGCAGUCCUGACCAUGUGCUAAAAAGCACCAUUUCUGUGAAGGCCAUCUGUGACUAUCGGCAGAUCGAGAUCACUAUUUGCAAGAACGACGAAUGUGUGUUGGAAGAUAAUUCACAGAGGACCAAGUGGAAAGUGAUCAGCCCCACAGGGAAUGAGGCAAUGGUGCCAUCUGUCUGCUUCCUCAUCCCUCCACCCAACAAGGAUGCCACUGAGAUGGCCAGCAGAGUGGAGCAGUCUUACCAGAAGGUGAUGGCCCUUUGGCAUCAACUACAUGUAAACACCAAAAGCCUUAUCUCCUGGAACUAUCUGAGGAAGGACCUUGACCUUAUAAAGACCUGGAACCUGGAAAAGCUUCGGUCAUCAACACCAGGAGAGUGCCACCAAGUUAUGAAGACCCUCCAGGCCCACUAUGAAGACUUUCUGCAGGAUAGCCGUGACUCGGUGCUUUUUUCAGUGGCGGAUCAUCUGCGUUUGGAAGAGGAAGUGGAGGCUUGUAAAACCCACUUCCAGCACCUGAUAAAAUCCAUGGAGAAUGAGGACAAGGAGGAAACUGUGGCCAAGAUGUACAUUUCAGAGCUGAAGAAUAUCCGGCUACGCCUGGAGGAGUGUGAACAGAGGCUAGUCAAACAAAUUCAGACCCCGGCCAGCUCUAGAAGUGACAAAGAUGCCCGGCAGGACAGUGCAUUAAGGAUCGCAGAGCAAGAGCGUACCCAGGAUGAUUUACAGCACCUGAGGUCUGACUUGGAAGCUGUUUCUGUGAAAUGCAAGAGCUUUCUCCAUCAGUCCCCAUCUGGUUCAAGUGUUUCAACUCUGCACUCCGAACUCAAUCUGCUGGUGGAGAAAAUGGACCAUGUAUAUGGUCUCUCCACUGUCUAUCUGAAUAAGCUCAAGACAAUCGAUGUUAUAGUACGUAGUAUUCAGGAUGCUGAACUCUUGGUCAAAGGUUAUGAGAUCAAGCUGAGCCAAGAAGAAGCAGUACCAGCAGAUCUCUCAGCUCUGGAGUCCCAUCGCUCUACAUUACGGCACUGGCUUAGUGAUGUGAAGGAAAAGAAUUCAGUAUUUUCAGUCCUGAAUGAGGAAAUUGCCAAGGCCAAGGUAGUAGCAGAGCAGCUGAGUCGUCUGACCCCAGAGCGAAACCUGGAUUUGGAGCGCUGUCAGGAAAAAGGCUCCCAGCUACAGGAGCGUUGGAACCGGGUCAUUGCCCAGCUUGAGACACGCCAAUCUGAACUAGAAAGUAUCCAGGAAGUUUUGGGAGAUUACCGAGCCUGCCAUGGAACUCUCAUCAAAUGGAUUGAGGAAACCACUGCCCAGCAGGAAAUGAUGAAGCCAGGCCAGGCAGAGGAUAGCAGAGUGCUAUCCGAGCAGCUCAGCCAGCAGACGGAUCUGUUUGCAGAAAUUGAGAGAAAUCAGACAAAACUGGACCAGUGUCAAAAGUUUUCCCAGCAGUACUCCACUAUUGUAAAGGACUAUGAAUUGCAGCUGAUGACAUACAAGGCCUUUGUGGAAUCACAGCAGAAGUCCCCUGGCAAGCGCCGUCGCAUGCUUUCCUCUUCAGAUGCCAUCACGCAAGAGUUCAUGGACUUAAGGACUCGCUACACUGCAUUGGUGACCCUGACAACUCAGCAUGUAAAAUACAUCAGUGAUGCGCUCAAGCGGCUGGAAGAGGAGGAGAAAGUAGUAGAAGAGGAAAAACAAGAACACGUGGAGAAGGUUAAAGAACUUUUGGGCUGGGUGUCUACCCUAGCAAGGAAUACACAAAGCAAAGCUACCUCAUCCCAGACCAAAGAAUUGACAGACAUUGAAAAAGCUAUUUUAGAACAGCAGGUUCUGGCAGAGGAGCUGACAAGCAAGAAGGAACAAGUCUCCGAGGCCAUUAAAACAUCACAGAUUUUCUUGGCCAAGCAUGGUCAUAAGCUCUCAGAAAGAGAGAAGGAACAAAUAUCUGAACAACUGAAUGCCCUGAAUAAGACUUACCAUGACUUACGUGACGGUUCAGCAAACCAGCUUCACCAACUUCAGAGCCAGUUGGCCCAGCAGACAGAACAAAAGGGUUGCAGAGCAGUUGCUGGGGUGAUUGACCUAGGCACAGUGGAGAUAUUUCCCAUCUUCAGAGCCAUGCAAAAGGGCCUCAUUGACCAUGACACAGGCCUUGUGCUCCUGGAAUCCCAGGUUAUCAUGUCGGGCCUCAUUGCCCCUGAGACCAGUGAAAAGCUCUCUUUGGAGGAGGGCCUAGCCAGAAAUCUUAUUAGUCACCAGCUAUACCAGCAGCUCCAGCAGCUACAGGAUGCUCUGUCCUUAGUAAGCAGGCUUACUGAGAGCAAAGGCCCUCUUUCUGUAGUGGAAGCAAUUGAGAAGAACAUUAUCAGUGAGAGAGUUGGACUGAAAAUCUUAGAAGCUCACCUGGCAACUGGAGGUUUCAGUGUCUUCCUUAAUGAGAACUGUAUUAACCUAGAGGAGGCUUUUCACCAGGGCCUCAUUUCUGAAUGGCUUCACUCAGAGUUAGAGUCUCACCUGAGAUUAUCCAAGAAUUUGAUAGACCCCAACACAGCUGAGAAAAUCAGUUUGCUGGAUCUGAUGCAGAGAUGUAUUGUCCACCAAGAAUCAGGAUUGAAAUUGUUGCCUGUCAAGCAAUUGGCAGGGGGAAUGGUGAGCUUGAAAUCAGGCCGGAAAGUUAGCAUUUUCCGUGCAGUUCAGGAAGGCCUAAUAGAUAGGGAGGUCACUGUCAGGCUGCUGGAAGCUCAACUCUUUGCUGGUGGCAUAGUAGAUCCAAGAACAGGACACAGACUUACAGUAGAAGAAGCUGUAAGACAUAAUUUGAUUGACCAAGAUAUGGCCUGUGCUAUUCUCAUAAGGCAGCUUCAGACAGGCGGCAUCAUAGAUACUGUCACUGGCCAUAGGCUGACAAUAGAUGAAGCAGUGAGCAAUGAUCUAGUAGCUGCUAAGAUUGCCCUUGUGAUUCUGGAGUCUCUUUGGUCGUUCAUGGGGUUCCUAUGGCCUGAAUCUGGAGAGAUCCUCCCAAUUACAGAUGCCUUGGAGCAAGGUAUUGUGUCUACUGAGCUAGCUCAUAAAAUCCUUCAUGGACGACAACACAUUGAAGCUCUAUUUCUACCAGCAACCACAGAGAUUUGGUCCUGGAAAAAAGCGGUAGAAAAUGGUAUGUUGGACAAAGAUCUUGCCAAUAACUUACAGUCAAUUUGCAUACCCGAUGUGAUGCCCCACAUGCUAUUAGCAGAUUCGUCAGAACAGAGCAAAGUGAACAUUAAUCCUGGAGCAUCAGGUCUGUUGUGCAAGAAGGGCCAAACUGAGGGCGUGGCAAGCCAUAGCGAGAAGCUAUUGUUUCAACUGAUGACUCACAGCUAUAUUAAUGUGCGGAAUGGACAGAGGCUGCUCCUGCUGGACAAUGAGCUGAUAGAAAAACUAACAGCAAAAGGUGAAUACCAUCCAAGUACUCUAGAAGUGUUUGGAAUUGGACAUCAGAGACUAGAAACUCCCAAAGAAUUACAAGAAUGGUCAAAUGUGAAAAUCACAGAAACUUUCUGUGAUAGGCCAGCUGUGAGGCCACGUGAGUCCCACUCUUCUUCUCCAUGCAAGGAAUACCCUGAUCAGGCAAAUCACACUGAAGCAGAAGGCAAAAAGACCAUUGUAGCAACAGAAGGUUCCUCUGUAGAAAACCCUGAAAAAGACCUGUUUGUAGUGGAACAAAACAUGAGAAAUCCAAAUGUUGAUACUUUGAAGGUCAUAGGUCAAGUUAAAUCAGAGUUUAAAAGGCAGUUAAUAAAUACCAAAAAGGAAGACCUAACAGAAGUGUCUACCAGAGAAAACAUCAACAGAGGAUUUCUCCUUACAGUACCCCAUGAGGAAGCAGAAGAUGCGACCUCAGUGGUGGACAAAGAUCCUUUUUCUGUUGAAACACCAAAGGAAGAAUGGCAGACUCUCGGAAAGACUUCCAUUAUAUGUCAUAAAGAACAAGCAAACACACUUGAAAUUGAACAUAUUCCAGGUGAAACUAGAAGACCUCUCAUAAAACCCCAAAGCAAAAAGUCACAAUUUGAAGUAAAGAAAACUCUAGAUUUAGAUUUGGAACUCAAGUCUGAAAAUGACAUGAAUAUUCAUUCCCUGGACAAAAAGAAAGUCUUAAGUGAAACAUUUUUGGGUAAAGAUGUCCAUAAACAAAGUCCAGAAGAACAAAACAUUGUGGGUGGUAGUACGAUGAUGUUAGAAAAGACAGACGAGGUGGAUCAUGGUAGUGAAACUUCUUUGUCAUGCAGUCAGUCUUCAGACUUGCUUGAAGAAGCUACCUUAAAUAUAUUAUCUGCACAAUUACUGGAUGGUGGUAUCUUUCAUGAGCAAACAGGUCAACAGCUCUUACUGAAUGAAGCAAUAGCCCGAGGCAUUGUGCCCAGUCACACUGCUGUGAAACUUAUGGGAAAGCUGAACAUGUUUCGGGGUUUCUUUGACUCUCAGACUUGUGAAUCUUUGACAACUGAAGAAGUCAUCAAUGAAGGUCUGAUGGAUGAGAAAUUAUUACAUAAUGUCCUCAUGGCAGACAAAGCUAUUAGUGGUGUAUUAGACCCCCGUACCCACACACUCUGCUCUGUUAAGGAAGCAGUUGCACUUGGACUUCUUGACACACAGACAGCCACCAGAAUUUUAGAGGGGCAGGUGGUGACUGGUGGAAUCAUUGACCUGAAACGAGGCAAAAAGGUUUCAGUGACUUUGGCCUUAAAUCUUGGCUUGGUGGACAGUGCUGACCAGACAGAGCUUAUAAAUCUGGAGAAAGCUUCCAAAGGCAGAGAUGCUGAAAAAACAGUUAGGGAAAGAUUAAUUAGCUUACAAAUGGAAACAACUGGAAUUAUGGACCCUGAUAGCAAGGCCCCUCUAACAGCUAUGCAGUCCAUCGACAGAGGACUUUUAGAGAGAGAGGAGGCCAUUCAGUUGUUGACUAGGCAGGUGAUAGAUGGAGGUAUCAUUCACCAUAUAUCUGGGAUGAGACUUUCUGUUGAUAAUGCCUUUAAAAAUGGCAUCAUUGAUGAAGACUUAGCCAAACAACUCAAAAAAGUUGAAAACUUAAGCCUCCAUCAGUUUUUUCACCCUGAAACCGAAGAAACUAUUUCCCUCUCUGAAGCUAUAAAAUUAGAUCUCAUUACCCCAGACUUGAAAAAAGAAAUUCAAGAAAUUCAGGCCUUGACUGGAAACUUUGUGGCUCUCAUUUCUGGCCAGAGAUUGACCUUAGCAGAAGCUAAAAAAGAAGGGCUAUUAAUUAAUAAAGCAAUGUUUUCUUCAGGAAUGAUGCAUGGGAUCAUAGAUCCUGAGAAUUACAGAGUUGUUCCCUAUUCAGAAUUAAUAAAGAAAUGUAAGAUUGAUAUUGAAUCUGGACAGAGAUAUCUAGAAGUAAUUCCCUUCUCAGACAUUAAAGACAGAGUGAGUGACAAAGUACUUACAUUGUCUCAAGCAACCCAGUUGGGAAAAGUAGACUUUGCAUCUACACUGAAGGUUCUGGAAGCUCAGGCAAAUACUGGGGGAAUCAUAGAUACUGCCACAGGACAAAGACUGACAUUAGCAUCAGCUUUGGAACAGAAAUUGGUAGAUGAAAACAUGGUCAGAAUUAUUGCAUCUCAUCAGGUACUAAGUGGAGGAAUCGUUGAUAUAUUUAAUGAUCAAAGAGUGACUUUAAAGGAAGCUAUUGAGAAAAGACUUAUCAGCCCUGAACUGGCAACUUUGAUAGAAAUAGAUGCUUUAGAGUCCAGUGCUCACAGGGCUCAGAUUGAAAAGCAAGAUGGAAUUGAAGUAUGUGAAUUAAAGAAGGAAUUUCUAAGAAAGGAGAUGUUAAUUACUUCUAAUCAGACUGCUGAAAUGAGUUGUGGUAAUGAAGAAAGUGAGAAAUUAUUUCACAUUGGAACUCUGUCUGCACAAGAAAAGGUUAAAAGAGUUUCUGAUGGGGAGCAGGCAAAAAAGAACAGGGGAAUUUCAUUAAAAGAGUUGGAGUGCAAGGCCCAAGAUAAGAGGAGAGCUUCUCUAGAUGCUAAUGAGUCUGUCAGUAUCUUAAUUCCUAGCAUUUGUAAAGGCAAAUCAUUGGACCAAGGUUCAGUGACACACCCCCACUCAGAAGUUUGUGAUUUUAAACUCAAAGAGGUGGCUAGGAACAACAUGGAAAAUAAUAUGAAUGAAGAGCAGGAAAAAAUAAUGUCACAAAUAGGAAUUAUUUCUCAAAUGAAACGGUCUGUGUUGGGUUAGAUCAUGAAGAAUAGGGAAAACCAAAGAGGAAAUUAUUCAGAAGCACAAGAAUCAAAUUGUGAAACUUCAAGCAAUUGCUUGAGUGAGCAGAUUAUGCAGAAACCAAUUAAUACCAGGGAAAAAAAGGAAAGAGAGAGGAAGGGAGAUAAAUUAUAGAAGAUAGUGUCCAAAACAUGCAAAUCAACAGUUCUUUCAGAAGAAAAUUUGACAGAAACUGCCACUAGAGCUGACCAUGACUCCAGUAUAAAGAGUCAAUCAGUGAAAUUACCAUAAAUGAAAAAGGGAAACAGAUGAUAGAGACUGGAAUCUUCUAUUCUAUGUAAAGCUGAAGACUCUUCUUCCCCAACAGUACCCAAAGGAAUUUCUAUAAGAAAUCAAGAUGCUUUAACAUUUUUCAACUCUAACCAGGUCAAUGAAGAAGUCAAAAAUCUAAGCAUCUGCUUGACUUUAAAACCAGAAGAAAAUUUAUCUCAAGAAAUUACAAGUAGGGCCCAGAGUGAACCAUUCUCUUCUAUGACCCCAAGAUCUAAAGGACUGCACUACCAAGAAUCAGUUGGAAAACCCCAAGUUGCAGACACAUCCCGAAUUUCCAAAACAGACCAGUCUUUCCAAGGAAUUACCAGACAGGAGACCGACUAUUAUAAAGAUUCCUGUGCUACUUCUAAGACUAAGGAAACCAAAGAUUUGAUUUGCUCAUCUAAUGAAUAUAAAGAAAAAUUGUACCAGGAAGUACCUUUUGACUCAAUAAAAGCUCUUAAAUUUGAAGAAAUUAUAGUUUCUAGAGUAGACCCAAAAGAAGUCAAAAAGGACCUUCACCAUCAGGACAGCAGAAAUGAUAGUGAACUUUGUGGAAUUCUUGAAUCUAAAGUGGUAACAACUCAGGAGGUAACUGGACAGAAAUUUCUAGAAAUGUCAAAUCCUAUAGUUACAGGUGCAGAUGCAGGGUCCUUUGAAGGUGAAAUGACUCAGGGAGUUCCCAGUGUCUUAAUGCCCCUUCUUCCAGAGAAAUUGUUUAAAGAUGUUUCUCAGAAAGACAGUACAGGGCAGUGUGACACCGUAAGUCCCACUAUUCCAGACACAAGUGGGGAAAAGACAGUGCCCCUCAUAAGUCCUGCGAUGAAGAUGGACGAGAAGACACUAGAAGAAAAGCUCAGAGAAAGCCCUGGCAGUGAACAGACUCCAUUCUUGACUAUACCCAGGGGAGAGGAAAAUGAGGCUGUAAAUACGGAGCCCUCCAGAGCCACUAAAAAUAUAUUUAACCGACGACUCUGUCUAGAGCAUGAUGAGAAGCUGGUAUCCUAUCUGUCUCUCUUACGAGACAUUGAAAUGAGGACCAAACAGAUUCAACCUGUGGAGUGUAACCUGAAAGAGCUACAGGAUCUACUAUGUCAGGCCAAGGUAUUAGACAAGGAGCUAAAGGAUCUGUCCACCUUGGUGAGCCAGGAAUUGGAGUGUGUGCAUCAGAUUAUCAUCAGCCAGCCUCAAGAAGUCCCUGCUCAGCUGUUGAAGGCUCUAGAGAAAGAUGCCAAGAACCUUCAAAAGACCCUCAACUCCAUGAGGGACACCUGGAGUUCCAGACUGCUCCACCUCCAGGAUACUGUGGAAGUAAAAAAGACUAGAGUGUUAGAUCAACAUGAACAGCUAGAAAGCAAACUUCAAAAUCUGAGAGCCUGGGUUGACAAUACCAAUCUUAUACUGAAUAGCAAGGAAUACAACAGUGAAAUGGACGCCAACAGCCUGAGUCGGUGUCUCCAACAGUAUGAGGAUUUGCGACAGCACAUGGCUGAAAGGAAAUCUCAGCUGGAUGUUCUUGCUUUUGAUACUCAGUUCUUUGUCUCCGAGCACGCUCAGGACUUGUCCCCUCAGCAGAACCGACAGAUGCUGAGGCUUCUCAGUGAACUGCAGAGGUCUUUCCAGGACCUUGUGGAACAGACUGCAGCUCAGAUGAAUGCCUUGCAGGGUCAUCUUCAACAAACGGAGCAGGCAGCCCUGGUCAAGGUCAGACUGAACCAGCAUCUGGGCUCAAUAUGUCUUUUGGGAUGUCACCCUGCAGAACAACAACAUACUUGUCACCAGAAACUGGAGGAUCUUUGCAGCUGGGUAGGUCAGGCGGAAAGAGCAUUGGUGAGCCACCAAGGUAGAGCCACCCAGCAGGAUCUCUCUGCUUUGCAGAAGUGCCAAAGUGACUUGAAGGAUUUACAGGACGACAUUCAGAAUCAUGCCACCUCAUUUGCCAGCCUUGUCAAAGAUGUUGAAGGGUUCCUAGAAGAGAACCAGACCAAGCUGAGCACCGAUGAGUUGGCAACUCUUCGGGAAAAACUUCAUCAGGCUAAGGAGCAAUAUGAGGCUCUCCAGGAACGGACACGGGUGGCCCAGAAGGAGCUGGAGGAAGUAGUGACCUCAGCCUUACAGCAGGAGACUGAAAAGAGUAAAGCAGCAAAGGAACUGGCAGAGAACAGGAAUAAGAUCGAUGCUCUCUUGGACUGGGUGGCCUCAGUGGGAUCACCUCGUGGACAGAUGGAGCAGCUGUCAGGAGCUAGCCUGGAGAAAGGAGCUUUGGAUACCCCUGAUGGUCACAUGGGAGUGAACCAAGCCUCAGAGAAACUGGACAAGCAAUGUGAGAAGAUGAAGGCUCGUCACCAAGAAUUGCUGUCUCAGCAACAAAAUUUCAUCCUGGCCACCCAGUCAGCUCAGGCCUUCCUGGACCAACAUGGCCACAAUCUCACACCUGAGGAGCAACAGAUGCUGCAGGAGAAGCUAGGAGAACUAAAGGAACAGUACGCUUCUUCCCUGGCCGAGUCAGAGGCAGAGCUGAAGCAGGUCCAGACACUACGGGAUGAGCUGCAGAAGUUUCUGCAGGAUCAUAGAGAGUUUGAAAACUGGCUGGAACGGUCUGAGAGAGAGCUGGAGCACAUGCAUAAGGGAGGCAGCAGCCCCGAAGCCCUUCCGUCCCUUCUUAAGCGGCAGGGGAGCUUCUCGGAGGAUGUAAUUUCCCACAAAGGAGACUUGAGAUUUGUGACUAUCUCAGGACAGAAAGUGUUGGACACUGAAAACAGCUUUGAGGAAGGCAGAGAACCAUCAGCAACUGGAACUUUAGUGAAGGACAAGCUAAAGGAUGCAACAGAGAGAUACACUGCUCUCCAUUCAAAGUGUACACGAUUGGGCUCGCACCUGAACAUGCUACUAGGCCAUUAUCAACAGUUCCAGAGCGGCGCUGACAGCCUGCAGGCCUGGAUGAAGGCUUGUGAGACCAAUGUGGAGAAGCUCCUCUCAGAUACUGUUGCCUCUGACCCUGGGGUCCUGCAACAGCAGCUUGCAAGAACAAAGCAGUUGCAGGAGGAACUGGCUGAGCACCAAGUACCUGUAGAAAAGCUCCAAAAAGUAGCUUGUGAACUCAUGGAAAUUGAAGGGGAGCCAGCCCCAGACCACAAGCGAAUUCAAGAAACUACAGAUUCCAUACUUAGCCAUUUCCAAAGCCUCUCCUGUAGCCUGGCUGAGCGCUCUGCUCUGCUGCAGAAGGCAAUUGCCCAGUCUCAGAGUGUGCAGGAAAGCCUGGACAGCUUGUUGCAGUCCAUCAGGGAAGUUGAAAAAAACCUGGAAGAGGAGCAAGUGGCAUCCCUAUCAUCAGAAGUUAUCCAAGAAGCCCUGGCCACUAACAUGAAAUUGAAGCAGGACAUUGCUCGGCAAAAGAGCAGCUUGGAGGCCACCCGUGAAAUGGUGACGCGAUUCAUGGAGACAGCAGACAGCACCACAGCAGCAGUGCUGCAGGGCAAACUGGCAGAGGUGAGCCAGCGCUUCCAAAAGCUCUGUCUACAGCAGCAAGAGAAGGAGAGCUCCUUGAAAAAACUCCUACCCCAAACAGAGAUGUUUGAACAUCUUUCUGAUAAGCUGCAGCAGUUCAUGGAAAACAAAAAUCGGAUGCUGGCCUCUGGAAAUCAGCCAGAUCAAGAUAUUGCACAUUUCUUCCAGCAGAUCCAGGAACUCAGUUUGGAAAUGGAAGACCAACAAGAAAACCUUGAUACUCUUGAGCAUCUGGUCACUGAACUGAGUUCCUGUGUUGCUCUAGACCUGUCUCAGCACCAGGACAGGGUACAGAACCUCAAAAAGGACUUCACAGAGCUACAGAAGAUAGUUAAGGAAAGAGAGGAAGAUGCAUCAUCUUGCCAGGAACAGUUGGAUGAAUUCCGGAAGCUGGUUAGGACCUUCCAGAAAUGGCUGAAGGAAACUGAAGGGAGUAUUCCACCUACAGAGACUUUCAUGAGUACUAAAGAGCUGGAAAAGCAGAUUGAACACCUUAAGGGUCUCCUAGAUGACUGGGCAAGUAAGGAGACUUGGUAGAAAGAAAUCAAUUGCAAAGGCACUUCUUUAGAAAAUCUCAUCAUGGAUAUCACAGCACCUGAUUCCCAAGCCAAAACGGGUUCCAUACUGCCCUCUGUAGGAAGUUCUGUAGGCAGUGUAAACGGAUACCACACCUGCAAAGAUCUGACAGAGAUUCAGUGUGACAUGUCAGAUGUAAAUUUGAAAUAUGAGAAGCUUGGGGGAGUACUUCGAGAACACCAAGAAAACCUUCAGGCUGUCCUCAGCAGAAUGCAGGAAGUUCAGAAGGAGGCAAGCUCAGUCCUGGAAUGGCUGGAAUCAAAAGAGGAAAUCCUAAAAGGCAUGGAUGCCUCUUCAUCCCCAACCAAGACAGAGACAGUGAGAGCCCAAGCUGAAUCUAACAAGGCCUUCCUGACUGAAUUGGAACAGAAUUCUCCAAAAAUCCAAAAAGUAAGGGAAGCCCUGGCUGGAUUACUGAUAACAUAUCCCAACUCACAAGAAGCAGAAAACUGGAAGAAAAUGCAGGAAGAACUUAAUUCCCGAUGGGAAAGGGGCCACAGAGGUGACAAUGGCUCGGCAAAAGCAUUAGAGAAAUCUGCAAGUCAUCUGGCCUGCUUCCACUGCAGAAUCCAGCUCCGGCCCUGGCUGAUGGAGAAGAACCUGAUGAUGGGAGUGUUGGGGCCCUUGUCUAUUGACCCCAACAUGCUGAAUGCACAAAAGCAGCAGGUCCAGUUUAUGCUAAAGGAAUUUGAAGCACGCAGGCAACAGCAUGAGCAGCUGAAUGAGGCAGCUCAGGGCAUCCUAACAGGCCCUGGAGAUGUCUCUCCAUCCACCAACCAAGUACAGAAAGAACUCCAGAGCGUCAAUCAGAAGUGGAUUGAGCUGACUGACAAACUCAAUUCCCGUUCCAGUCAAAUUGACCAAGCUAUUGUCAAAAGCACCCAGUACCAGGAACUGCUCCAGGACUUAUCAGAGAAGGUGAAGGUGGUUGGACAGCGACUGAGUGGCCAGUCAGCCAUCAGCACCCAACCUGAGGCUGUGAAGCAGCAACUGGAGGAGACCAGUGAGAUUCGAUCUGACCUGGAGCAAUUAGACCAUGAGAUUAAGGAGGCACAGACACUCUGCGAUGAACUCUCAGUGCUCAUUGGUGAGCAGUACCUCAAGGAUGAGCUGAAGAAGCGUUUGGAGACAGUCGCCCUGCCUCUCCAUGGUUUAGAAGACCUUGCAGCUGAUCGCAUGAACAGACUCCAGGCAGCUCUUGCCAGCACCCAGCAGUUCCAGCAAAUGUUUGAUGAGCUUAGAACCUGGUUGGAUGACAAACAAAGCCAGCAAGCAAAAAACUGCCCAAUUUCUGCAAAAUUGGAGCGGCUCCAGUCUCAACUACAGGAGAAUGAAGAGUUUCAGAAGAGCCUUAACCAACACAGUGGUUCCUAUGAGGUGAUUGUGGCUGAAGGAGAAUCUCUGCUUCUUUCUAUACCUCCUGGAGAAGAGAAAAAAACUUUACAAAAUCAGUUGGUUGAGCUCAAAAGCCAAUGGGAAGAGCUUAGUAAAAAAACUGCAGACAGACAGUCCAGACUCAAGGACUGUAUGCAGAAAGCUCAGAAAUACCAGUGGCAUGUGGAAGACCUCGUGCCAUGGAUAGAAGAUUGUAAGGCCAAGAUGUCUGAUUUGCAGGUCACUCUGGAUCCAGUGCAACUGGAAUCCAGUCUCCUGAGAUCAAAAGCUAUGCUGAGUGAAGUGGAAAAGCGCCGCUCCCUGCUGGAAAUAUUGAACAAUGCUGCUGACGUUCUGAUCAAUUCUUCAGAAACAGAUGAGGAUGAUAUCCGAGAUGAGAAAGCUGGGAUCAACCAGAACAUGGAUUCCGUUACAGAAGAGCUACAGGCCAAAACAGGGGUGCUUGAAGAGAUGACUCAGAGACUGAAGGAGUUCCAGGAAAGCUUUAAGAACAUUGAAAAGAAGGUCGAAGGGGCCAAACACCAGCUUGAGAUCUUUGAUGCUCUAGGCAGUCAAGCCUGUAGCAACAAGAACCUUGAGAAGCUAAGAGCCCAACAGGAAGUACUACAGGCCUUGGAGACUCAAGUGGACUAUCUGAGGAACUUGACUCAGGGCCUGGUAGAAGAUGCCCCAGAUGGAUCUGAUGCUUCCCAACUUCUACUUCAAGCUGAGGCCACCCAGCAAGGGUUCCUAGAGGUGAAGAAAAGAGUGAACAGUGUUUGCAUGAUGAUGGAAAACAAGCUAGAAGGGAUCAGCCAGUUUCACUGCCGAGUCCGAGAGAUGUUUUCUCAGUUGGCAGACCUGGAUGAUGAGCUAGAUGGCAUGGGUGCUAUCGGCAGGGACACCGACAGCCUCCAGUCCCAAAUUGAGGAUGUACAGCUAUUUCUUAACAAAAUCCAAGCCCUCAAGUUAGACAUAGAGGCAUCUGAAGCAGAGUGCCGACAAAUGCUGGAGGAAGAGGGGACUCUGGACUUGUUAGGUCUUAAGAGGGAGCUAGAAGCCCUGAACAAACAGUGUGGCAAGCUGACAGAAAGGAGUAAAGCUCGUCAGGAGCAGCUAGAGCUGACACUGAGCCGUGUAGAGGACUUCUAUAGAACACUGAAAAUACUCAAUGACAUGACCACCGCAGCAGAGGAGGGAGAGGCCCUCCAGUGGGUAGUGGGGACAGAAGUGGAUAUCAUCAACCAACAGUUAGCAGACUUUAAAAUGUUUCAGAAAGAACAGGUGGAUCCUCUUCAGAUGAAAUUACAGCAGGUGAAUGGACUUGGCCAGGGAUUGAUUCAGAGUGCUGGAAAAAACUGUGAUGUACAGGGUUUGGAACAUGACAUGGAAGAGAUCAAUGCUCGAUGGAACACACUGAAUAAAAAGGUUGCACAAAGAAUUGCACAACUACAGGAGGCUUUGUUGCAUUGUGGGAAGUUUCAAGAUGCCUUGGAGCCAUUGCUCAGCUGGUUGGCAGACACUGAGGAGCUCAUAGCCAAUCAGAAACCUCCAUCUGCUGAGUAUAAGGUGGUGAAAGCACAGAUCCAAGAACAGAAGUUGCUCCAGCGACUCCUAGAUGAUCGAAAGGCCACGGUAGACAUGCUUCAAGCAGAAGGAGGCAGAAUAGCUCAGUCAGCUGAGCUGGCUGAUAGAGAGAAAAUCACUGGACAGUUGGAGAGUCUGGAAAGCAGAUGGACUGGACUACUCAGCAAGGCAGCAGCCAGGCAAAAACAGCUGGAAGAUAUCCUGGUUCUGGCCAAACAAUUCCAUGAGACAGCUGAGCCUAUUUCUGACUUCUUAUCUGUCACAGAGAAAAAGCUUGCUAACUCAGAACCUGUUGGCACUCAGACUGCUAAAAUACAGCAGCAGAUCAUUCGGCACAAGGCCCUGGAGGAGGAAAUAGAAAGCCAUGCAGCAGAUGUGCACCAGGCAGUCAAAAUUGGGCAGUCCCUCUCCUCCCUGACGUGCUCUGCAGAACAGGGUGUGCUCUCAGAAAAGCUAGACUCAUUGCAGGCCCGAUACAGUGAGAUUCAAGACCGGUGCUGUCGGAAAGCAGCCCUGCUUGAACAAGCACUGUUUAAUGCUAGACUGUUCGGGGAGGAUGAGGUGGAGGUGCUCAACUGGCUGGCUGAGGUUGAGGACAAGCUCAGUUCAGUGUUCGUAAAGGAUUACAGACAGGAUGUCCUGCAGAAACAGCAUGCUGACCACCUGGCUUUAAAUGAAGAAAUUGUUAAUAGAAAGAAGAAUGUAGAUCAAGCUAUUAAAAACGGUCAGGCUCUUCUAAAACAAACCACAGGUGAAGAGGUUUUGCUUAUCCAAGAGAAACUGGAUGGAAUAAAGACUCGCUAUGCAGACAUCACAGUCACUAGCUCCAAGGCUCUCCGAACUUUAGAGCAAGCCCGGCAGCUGGCCACCAAGUUCCAGUCUACUUAUGAGGAACUGACCGGGUGGCUGAGGGAGGUGGAGGAGGAGCUGGCAGCCAGUGGAGGACAGUCUCCCGCAGGGGAACAAAUACCCCAGUUUCAGCAAAGACAGAAGGAAUUAAAGAAGGAGGUCAUGGAGCACAGGCUGGUGUUGGACACAGUGAAUGAGGUGAGCCGUGCUCUCUUAGAGCUGGUGCCCUGGAGAGCCAGAGAAGGGCUGGAUAAACUCGUGUCUGAUGCCAAUGAGCAGUACAAGCUUGUCAGCGACACUGUUGGACAAAGGGUGGAUGAAAUUGAUGCUGCUAUUCAGAGGUCACAACAGUAUGAGCAAGCUGCUGAUGCAGAACUGGCUUGGGUUGCUGAAACAAAACGGAAACUGAUGGCCCUGGGUCCAAUUCGCCUGGAACAGGACCAGACCACAGCUCAGCUGCAAGUACAGAAGGCUUUCUCCAUUGAUAUCAUUCGACACAAAGAUUCAAUGGAUGAACUCUUCAGUCAUCGGGGUGAAAUCUUUGGCACAUGUGGAGAGGAGCAAAAGGCUGUAUUACAGGAAAAGACAGAGUCUCUAAUACAGCAAUACGAAGCCAUUAGUCUGCUCAAUUCGGAGCGUUAUGCCCGCCUAGAGCGGGCACAGGUUUUGGUGAACCAGUUUUGGGAGACUUACGAAGAGCUCAGCCCCUGGAUUGAGGAAACUCGGGCACUGAUAGCACAGUUACCUCCUCCAGCCAUUGAUCAUGAGCAGCUCAGGCAACAGCAAGAGGAAAUGAGGCAACUAAGGGAAUCCAUUGCUGAACACAAACCUCAUAUUGAUAAACUGCUAAAGAUAGGCCCUCAACUAAAGGAGUUAAACCCUGAAGAGGGUGAAAUGGUGGAAGAAAAAUACCAGAAAGCAGAAAACAUGUAUGCCCAAAUUAAAGAGGAGGUGCGCCAGCGGGCCCUGGCUCUGGACGAGGCUGUUUCCCAGUCUGCUCAGAUUGCAGAGUUCCAUGAUAAAAUUGAACCCAUGUUGGAGACUCUGGAGAAUCUCUCCUCUCGUCUGCGUAUGCCACCACUGAUUCCUGCUGAAGUCGACAAGAUCAGAGAGUGCAUUAGUGACAAUAAGAGUGCCACCAUGGAGCUAGAAAAACUUCAGCCUUCCUUUGAGGCCCUAAAGCGCCGUGGAGAGGAGCUCAUUGGGAGAUCUCAGGGAGCUGACAAAGACCUGGCUGCAAAAGAAAUCCAGGACAAAUUGGAUCAAAUGGUAUUCUUCUGGGAGGACAUCAAAGCUCGGGCUGAAGAGCGAGAAAUUAAGUUCCUUGAUGUCCUUGAACUAGCAGAGAAGUUUUGGUAUGAUAUGGCAGCUCUCCUUACCACCAUCAAAGACACCCAGGACAUUGUCCAUGACUUAGAAAGCCCAGGCAUUGACCCGUCCAUCAUCAAACAACAGGUUGAAGCUGCUGAGACUAUUAAGGAAGAGACAGAUGGUCUGCAUGAGGAACUGGAGUUUAUUCGAAUCCUUGGAGCAGAUUUGAUUUUUGCCUGUGGAGAAACUGAGAAGCCCGAAGUGAAGAAGAGCAUUGAUGAGAUGAAUAAUGCCUGGGAGAACUUAAACAAAACGUGGAAAGAGAGGCUGGAAAAGCUAGAAGAAGCCAUGCAGGCUGCUGUGCAGUAUCAAGACACUCUUCAGGCUAUGUUUGACUGGCUAGAUAACACUGUAAUUAAACUCUGCACCAUGCCCCCUGUCGGCACUGACCUCAACACUGUUAAAGAUCAGUUAAAUGAAAUGAAGGAGUUCAAAGUGGAAGUUUACCAACAGCAAAUUGAGAUGGAGAAGCUUAACCACCAGGGCGAACUGAUGUUAAAGAAAGCUACUGAUGAAACAGACAGAGACAUUAUACGAGAACCAUUGACAGAACUCAAACACCUCUGGGAGAACCUGGGUGAAAAAAUUGCCCACAGACAGCAUAAGCUAGAAGGUGCUCUCUUGGCCCUUGGCCAGUUCCAACAUGCCUUAGAAGAACUAAUGAGUUGGCUGAUUCACACUGAAGAGUUGCUAAAUGCUCAGAGACCAAUAAGUGGAGAUCCAAAAGUCAUUGAAGUUGAGCUCGCAAAGCACCAUGUUCUAAAAAAUGAUGUUUUGGCUCAUCAAGCCACAGUGGAAACAGUCAACAAAGCUGGCAAUGAACUUCUUGAAUCUAGUGCUGGAGACGAUGCCAGCAGCUUAAGGAGUCGUUUGGAAACUAUGAACCAAUGCUGGGAGUCAGUGUUACAGAAAACAGAGGAGAGGGAGCAGCAGCUUCAGUCAACACUGCAGCAGGCGCAAGGUUUCCACAGUGAAAUUGAAGAUUUCCUCUUGGAACUGACCAAAAUGGAGACCCAACUUUCUGCCUCUAAGCCCACAGGAGGACUUCCUGAAACUGCUAGGGAACAGCUUGACGCACAUAUGGAGCUCUAUUCCCAACUCAAAGCCAAGGAAGAGACUUAUAAUCAGCUACUGGACAAGGGCAGGCUCAUGCUUCUGAGCCGUGAUGAUUCAGGGUCCGGCUCAAAGACAGAACAGAGCGUGGCACUCCUGGAACAGAAGUGGCGCGUGGUCAGCAGUAAGAUGGAGGAAAGAAAGUCAAAGCUGGAAGAGGCCCUCGGCCUGGCAACAGAAUUCCAAAAUUCCCUGCAAGAAUUUAUCAACUGGUUGACGCUGGCAGAACAGAAUUUAAACAUCGCUUCUCCUCCCAGCCUGAUUCUAAACACUGUCCUUUCCCAGAUAGAGGAGCACAAGGUUUUUGCUAAUGAAGUAAAUGCUCAUCGAGACCAGAUCAUUGAGCUGGAUCAAACUGGGAAUCAGUUAAAGUUCCUUAGCCAAAAACAGGACGUUGUUCUGAUCAAGAAUUUGUUGGUUAGUGUCCAGUCUCGAUGGGAGAAGGUUGUCCAGCGAUCUGUUGAAAGAGGGCGAUCACUGGAUGAUGCCAGGAAGAGGGCAAAACAAUUCCAUGAAGCCUGGAAAAAACUGAUCGACUGGCUAGAAGAUGCAGAGAGUCACCUGGACUCAGAGCUGGAGAUAUCUAAUGACCCAGACAAAAUUAAACUUCAGCUCUCUAAGCAUAAGGAGUUUCAGAAAACCCUUGGUGGCAAACAGCCUGUGUAUGAUACCACAAUUAGAACUGGCAGAGCCCUGAAAGAAAAGACUUUGCUUUCUGAUGACACUCAGAAACUUGACAACUUACUGGGAGAAGUCAGAGACAAAUGGGAUACUGUGUGUGGCAAGUCUGUGGAGAGGCAGCACAAGUUGGAGGAGGCCCUGCUGUUUUCAGGCCAGUUCAUGGACGCUUUGCAGGCUUUGGUCGACUGGUUGUACAAGGUGGAGCCACAGUUGGCCGAGGACCAGCCCGUGCACGGGGACCUCGACCUUGUCAUGAACCUCAUGGAUGCCCAUAAGGUUUUCCAGAAGGAACUGGGAAAGCGAACAGGAACCGUUCAGGUUCUGAAGCGGUCAGGCCGAGAGCUCAUUGAGAAUAGUCGCGAUGACACCACGUGGGUUAAAGGGCAGCUCCAGGAACUGAGUACUCGCUGGGACACUGUGUGUAAACUCUCCGUCUCCAAACAAAGCCGACUUGAGCAGGCCUUAAAACAGGCGGAAGAGUUUCGGGACACAGUCCACAUGCUGUUGGAGUGGCUUUCUGAAGCAGAGCAGACACUUCGCUUUCGUGGAGCACUUCCUGACGACACAGAGUCCCUGCAGUCUCUCAUUGACACCCAUAAGGAAUUCAUGAAGAAAGUGGAAGAAAAGCGAGUGGACGUGAACGCAGCAGUGACAAUGGGAGAAGUCAUCCUGGCUGUCUGCCACCCCGACUGCAUCACUACCAUCAAACACUGGAUCACCAUCAUCCGAGCUCGCUUUGAGGAGGUCCUGACGUGGGCUAAGCAGCACCAGCAGCGUCUUGAAACAGCUCUGUCAGAACUGGUGGCUAACGCUGAGCUCUUGGAAGAACUUUUGGCAUGGAUCCAAUGGGCUGAGACCACCCUCAUUCAGCGGGAUCAGGAGCCAAUCCCUCAGAACAUUGACCGAGUUAAAGCCCUCAUCGCCGAGCAUCAGAUAUUUAUGGAAGAAAUGACUCGAAAACAGCCUGACAUGGACCGGGUCACAAAGACGUACAAAAGGAAGACUGUGGAGCCCGCCCACGGGCCCUUCACGGAUAAGGCCCGCAGCGGCAGCAGGAAGACCCUAAGUCAGCCCACACCUCCUCCCAUGCCAAUCCUUUCACAGUCUGAAGCAAAAAACCCACGGAUCAACCAGCUCUCUGCCCGCUGGCAGCAGGUGUGGUUAUUAGCGCUGGAGCGCCAGCGGAAGCUGAAUGAUGCCUUGGAUAGACUGGAGGAGUUGAAGGAAUUUGCCAACUUUGACUUUGAUGUCUGGAGGAAAAAGUAUAUGCGUUGGAUGAACCACAAAAAGUCACGGGUUAUGGAUUUCUUCCGGCGAAUUGACAAGGAUCAGGACGGGAAGAUAACACGUCAGGAAUUUAUCGACGGCAUUCUAGCAUCCAAGUUCCCUACUACCAAGUUAGAGAUGACAGCUGUCGCUGACAUUUUUGACCGAGAUGGGGAUGGCUACAUUGAUUACUAUGAAUUUGUGGCCGCUCUUCAUCCCAAUAAGGAUGCUUACCGACCAACAACUGAUGCAGAUAAAAUUGAAGAUGAGGUCACAAGACAAGUGGCUCAGUGCAAAUGUGCAAAAAGGUUUCAGGUGGAGCAGAUUGGAGAGAAUAAAUACCGGUUUGGGGACUCCCAGCAGCUGCGGCUGGUCCGCAUCCUGCGCAGCACGGUGAUGGUUCGAGUUGGUGGAGGAUGGAUGGCCCUGGAUGAAUUCUUAGUGAAGAAUGACCCCUGCCGAGCACGAGGUAGAACUAACAUUGAACUUAGAGAGAAAUUCAUCCUACCUGAGGGAGCAUCCCAGGGGAUGACCCCUUUCCGAUCACGGGGUCGAAGGUCCAAACCAUCUUCCAGAGCAGCUUCCCCUACCCGCUCCAGCUCAAGCGCGAGUCAGAGUAACCACAGCUGCACGUCCAUGCCGUCUUCUCCAGCCACCCCAGCCAGUGGUACCAAGGUUAUUCCAUCAUCUGCCAGCAAGUUGAAACGGCCAACACCAACUUUCCAUUCUAGUCGAACAUCCCUUGCUGGUGAUACUAGCAAUAGUUCUUCCCCAGCCUCCACAGGUGCCAAAACUAAUCGGGCAGACCCUAAAAAGUCAGCCAGUCGCCCUGGGAGCCGGGCCGGGAGUCGAGCCGGAAGUCGAGCCAGCAGCCGGAGAGGAAGUGAUGCCUCUGACUUUGACCUUUUAGAGACGCAGUCUGCUUGUUCAGAUACUUCAGAAAGCAGUGCCGCAGGGGGCCAGGGCAACUCCAGGAGAGGGCUAAGCAAGCCUUCCAAAAUCCCAACCAUGUCUAAGAAGACCACCACUGCCUCCCCGAGGACUCCAGGUCCCAAGCGAUAACACUGUAUAAGCACCCCCAGGCCUCUGUCCACUUUGAAUCCUGCUCCAUGUAUUGGGUGUAUAUUUAUUCUGAACGGGAGAAGUUAUAUUGUUAAAAGUGUAAAAGAAUAAUUGUGUUAUGAAGCUGCCUUAUUUUUUUUCUUUUUGUAAGUUACUAUUUUCAUGUGAAUAUUUAUGUAGAUAAAAUUUGCCUCCUGGUAACCCUGUAAUGGAUGGGGCCCAGAAAUAUUUGAAAAAAAAAUGAAAAGGUCAAGAUGCGAAUAUGUAUUUAAAAAGAAAGAAAAAAGCCUCUAAAUAGGGUUUCUGCGUGGCGCAGGGUUAUACACCUGCUUUAUCUUUUAGGAUUAUUCCUAAAUGCAUCUUCUUUAUAAACUUGACUUGCUGUCUCAGCAAGAUAAAUUAUAUUAAAAAAUAAGAAUCCUGCAGUGUUUAAGGAACUCUUUUUUUGUAAAUCACUGACACCUCAAUUAGCAAGAAACUGAGGGAGGGUACUUCUAAUUGCUUUUUCCAUUGUUUUUAAUGUUGUGUGAUUUUAGCUAAAGAGAGGGAACCUCACGUAGGUAACAUUUGCACAUGAUACAGCAAAAGGACUUCAUUGCAAUACUGUCUGUGAGUACUGUCUCAGUACUGGGUGUUCAAAGGACAAAUAGCUGCUAGAAUUCAGGGGUGAAUGUAACUAACUGUUCAGAAAACAUCAGAACAUUGGGGUUUUUAAGAGUCCUGGUUUGUAACUUCCUAAUCAGCCCGGCCACCAAUAACUCCUGUGCUCACCAGGAACCAGGCCCUUGGCAAAGGGAGAUUCCUAAGUGGCACUGCAAAUUAUAGAUUUGUUUAUCUGUAUUUUUUGCUAUUUAAAAGGUCAACUUCCCACAAACUGAGGAAUGAAUUCCACGAGCCUAUUCUGAAAAUGUGGACAUAAGACAAACAUUGCUCGUCCUUGAAAGGAGUUCACCAGCACACUUGUUAACAAGUCCCGUUUGCUUCCGUCUUUUUUUGUGCGUAAUAAAGUCAACUGACCAAGUGACCAUGAAGAGGGGCUUCCGGGGCUCCCGUUUGUAGCUGCUGUUCCUCUUCAGCUCCGACCACGUUGCUGUGUGAUUAUCUCAAUUGGUUUUAAUUGAGGCAGAAACUGAAGCUCUACCAAUGAACUGUUUAAAAACGACACUUUUGUAUUAAAAUUGCUUGCAG